AUGGCGAAAAAUUCGCGACAACUGCUGUAUGCACACAUUUACAACUAUCUUAUUGAGCACAAGUUCUACCAGACGGCACGAAGGCUGCUGGACGAAGCAGACGUGCCGCUUUCCAAGAAUGUGCCGGACGAUAAGCCCAAGAAUGACGAACUUUUGCACGCCAAAAUGCUUAUGAAUUCCAAGGAUACGUUCUUGUGCGAAUGGUGGGAAUCUCUGUGGACUCUUCACCACUUUGUUGAAACGCAGCCCGUGGAAAAAAUAUCCGGAGAUCGUCUUUUUCAUGACCCGGUAACGCCCAUUCUGCCGCAACGCAUGCCAAUGACUCAGGACAUUGCUACGUCUAGUUCGAAAUGGACGCAACAACAGCCGCCGCUGCAGCAGCAACAACAGCAACAGCAACAGCAACAGCAACAGCAACAACGACAGCAGCAGCAACAACAACAUCAUCAGCAACACCAGCAACACCAGCAACAACAACAGCAACAGCAGCAACAACAACAGCAGCAGCAGCAACAACAACAACAACAACAACAACAACAACAACAACAACAACAACAACAACAACAACAACAACAACAACAACAACAACAACAACAACAACAACAACAACAACAACAACAACAACAACAACAACAACAACAACAACAACAACAACAACAACAACAACAACAACAACAACAACAACAACAACAACAACAACAACAACAACAACAACAACAACAACAACAACAACAACAACAACAACAACAACAACAACAACAACAACAACAACAACAACAACAACAACAACAACAACAACAACAACAACAACAACAACAACAACAACAACAACAACAACAACAACAACAACAACAACAACAACAACAACAACAACAACAACAACAACAACAACAACAACAACAACAACAACAACAACAACAACAACAACAACAACAACAACAACAACAACAACAACAACAACAACAACAACAACAACAACAACAACAACAACAACAACAACAACAACAACAACAACAACAACAACAACAACAACAACAACAACAACAACAACAACAACAACAACAACAACAACAACAACAACAACAACAACAACAACAACAACAACAACAACAACAACAACAACAACAACAACAACAACAACAGCAACAGCAGCAACAGCAGCAACAGUAUCACUACCAUUACGCACAGCAGCAACAACAACAACAGCAACAACGGCAGCAGCAGCUUCCCCAACACCCUCAACAACACUCGCCGUUCGCGGUGCCUGAUGGUGGGGUUUUCGUACCGCCAUCGGCAGCAUCGCAAUCUUCGAUGGCCCCACCAAGAAUGAACGACGUCAAAGUCGGUAGCUCAGCCACUACCCCGUCGUCAUCUUUGCGAAAAGCUGUACCAGCUUAUCCACAGGUGUCGAACGCUCCAGCCGGUGUACAAUCCUCGGUUUUACCAACAGGACCUCCCUUGGCCUCUCACCAAUUCGGUGCGCCCAAUGGACAGGUUCCAGUCAGUGCUAAUACAAUGUAUUCUAGUUUUUCGCCGGCUGCGAGGCAGCAUCCUAUUGCGGCAGCCGAACAGCCGCUUAAUGCCAAUAAGAAUGGGCUAGAAAUUUCUUACAAGGAUUAUCAACAUGGUGGGAUAGGUCCAUCUUCCGUUGGUAACACGCCUGACUUGCCUGAAAAUGCGAUAAUGUACAUGCAGAAGCGGCGAGAUUUGAUGGCCUCAAGGAAUAGCGGUGACGACGAUGCCUUUAAGGACGGCGCUCAGUGGAACGCCAACCAGCAGCACAUACAUGACCAGUACCAAAAGUCUAUGUAUAUGAUGCAGCAGCAGCAACAGCAACAGCAGCAACAGCAGUAUCAGCAGGCACAACAUCAGCAGUUCCAGCAGUACUCUCAGUACCCACCAUACCUUUCACAAAAUCCUCUUCAGAGAAAACAACAACAGCCACAACAACCACCUGCUGCUAGAAGGCCUCAGCCACAUCGGUCUUUCUCAAAUCCUCCGCUAACUGAUAAACAUCCGGUUGCCGGCUCAAAUAACCAGAGCAGAUUUCCGAACUCACAACAGGUUCGACCUGGUGCAGUAGUAACUUCUCAGCGAGAUGCAAUACCACAACAGCAGCGUCGCUCUGUACAUCGGCAUAACUCUGCCACACAGAUUAGUGGACCUGGGUACCAAAGCUCUGCUGAUUUGACGCCUGACCAAGGUCCUUUGGCAAUGCCAGGAGGUGUAAAUGCACUGGAUUCAACGGGUCACAUGAAUAUGAUGAUGAUGCAUCAGUCACCUAGCGCUCUUUCACCGGGGAUCUUACCAACUGUUUCUGGUGAUACUCCAAUGAUGAACAUACAAGACGUUCCUCCUACUGACAAGUACAGUGACAACGUAACCGGUGACAUAAUGGGUUUUGGCGGCUCACUACGGCCUCCAUCGUCUCACCACAGCUAG